AUGUGUAACGUAACAAUGUUUGUACUUGCGUUAAUUAUCUGUGUACUUGCUUCUGUAAACGCUUUUACUGAUCCAGCUGCAGAUUUACCGAGGUUUGGAAAACCACUCAACAAUCUCACCAUUUCUGUUGGAAGAGAGGCUAUUUUUACUUGUAUUGUAGAAAAUCUAGGUCCUUAUAAGGUGGCGUGGCUUCGCGUCGACACGCAGACCAUCUUAACGAUUGCCAGUCACGUUAUCACAAAGAAUCACCGUAUCGCCGUAACGCACAGUGGUCACCGCACAUGGUCCCUCCACAUUAAAGACACGCGAGAGACCGAUCGCGGCUGGUACAUGUGCCAGGUUAACACUGACCCAAUGUCUAGUAACACUGGAUUUUUAGAAGUUGUCGUACCCCCGGAUAUAUUGGACUAUCCGACGAGCACGGAUAUGGUGGUUCGAGAAGGUAGUAAUGUAACAUUGAGAUGCGCUGCAACGGGUACUCCCGAACCGACGGUUACGUGGCGCAGAGAAGCCGGUGGAAUGAUUACACUAUCCAAUUGGCAUGAAGAGGGUCCGGAACUAACAUUGACACGAGUAACUCGUCUGCACAUGGGUCCGUACCUAUGUAUUGCUUCCAAUGGUGUACCACCAUCUGUUAGUAAACGAAUAGUCCUCAUCGUUCAUUUUGCGCCAAUGAUUUGGAUUGAAAACCAACUAAUAGGAGCUUACGAAGGCCAAAUGCUAGUUCUUGAAUGCCACAGUGAGGCUUAUCCGCGGCCUAUUGUCUACUGGACGCGACCUAACAACGAAACAAUAGUAAACGAUAAUAAUUAUAAAUCAGAAGUAACUGCAGACGGUUAUGAGACGACGAUGAAACUGAUUAUUAAAAAUGUACGGAUUCAAGAUUUUGGUUCAUUUCGUUGUAUUGCAACCAAUUCAUUAGGAGAAAAUGAUGGCAGAAUUAAAAUUUACAAAAUAGGAAAACCAUCAACGUCACGUAAUACAAAUUCACGUCGUGAUUCUAAAAAAUGGAACAUUGAUAACAAUAAAAAGAGCAAAGACGAAUUAAUGUUUAAAGAAAUGAUGGAAGAGCUGGAAGAGGAAAGUGAUAACGAAGAAAAUUUAAGCAAUUCAAAAUCGUCUACAUCAGCCUGUGGUUUACAAUGCUGCGGUUAUCUUGAUGCGCUUACUGUCGUCGUCAUGCUUUUAACUAUUUUACCAAGAUUUACAACAACCACCUUGUCGUAGGUUCUCCACUAGACGGUUUGUCUGCUGUCUCGAAUCUAGAUACUACAAUCUGUCUUUCACCCAACACCCAUCACCCAUCGCUACACCCCCAGCUAAAAUACUCACACACUUACACAUCCACGGACAUCAUUAAACUUGUGUAAGUUAAUGCCAAUAACAUUUUAUGUCAACAGAGCAUCAGUUUAAUUAAAUUUUAAGGUCUUUAAGUACCGACUAUUUUUACUCGCGAAAAUAAAACGACAUUGAGUUUAUACGAUUAACAACAGUCGACUUUUUAACGACAAAAAUCUCAUUUAUUUUUAUCAAUAUAAAUAUAAAAAUAUAUAUUUUUAUUAUUUAUUAUAUAAAUA